AUGAAAGUUUUCCUGGGAUUGUUCGCCAUGAUGAUGGUGGCCGCCGCUGCCGGUGAGUAUCAGCAGCACCAGCAUCAGCAGCUGCAUCAGCAGCAGCAUCAGCAGCAACAUCAGCAGCAGCACUACCAGCAGGCGCAGCAGCACUACCAGGAACCGCAGCACCACUACGAGCACCUGCAGCCGAAGAAGCACAUCCCCAUUCUCAAGAGUGAGAACAACCGCAACCACGACGGCUCCUACAACUUCAAGUACGAGACCGGCAACGGCAUCCAGGCCUCCGAGCAUGGAUACACCAAGAAUGCCGGCCACAAGGACGCCGAGAGCCAGGUUGCCGAGGGGUAUUUCUCCUACACCGGCGAAGAUGGCAUCCCCGUGGGACUGAAGUACGUGGCCGAUGAGCACGGUUUCCGCGCCGAGGGCGCUCAUCUGCCCACUCCACCCCCAAUUCCCCAUGAGAUCCAGGAGGCGCUGGCCAAGAUCGCCGCCAACCCCCACGCCUACCACGACGAGGGCAACGACGGUCAGUACCAGCACGAGGAGCAGGAGGCUCAGUACCACGCUCAGUACCAGCCACAGACCUUCAACCAGCACGCCGCCUACCAGCCGCGUCAGCAGCAGCAACACUACGCCAAGUACUAG